AGGGAGUGAGACGGCACGAGCAAGGAAGAGAAGCUCGAUGGAUGUGAAGUAGCCAGACAGGGGAAUGAAGGCGGGCCCCGCCCGUCCCGGCAACAAGAUCCCCUCGCCCGCACGCCCGCCCGCACUGCUCCGCUCCACUCCACACCACUCCUCCCCGAUCGAUCGGUCGAAUCAAAUCACACGCCCGCCCGCCGUCGCCGCUCGCUUUCCCCUCCACGCCUAGCCUAGCUCGCCUGCCCUGCGCCAUCAUUGCCGCGCCGCCUGCUGCUCUGCUCCGCUCCGCUCCGCUCAGCUGAGUGCGCAGAUCGAUCGGCGAUGGACAUGAGGUGGGCGCCGGCGCCGGCGCGGCCCAGGGCGCCGAGGCGGCCGGCCGACCAGCCGUCCUUCUCCUCCACGCUGCUCGACGCCAUAUGCGACUCCAUGGACGGCCCCGAGGCGAGAAGCGCGGCGGCGGCGAGGUCGGCGUCGGCGGCGACAAGGGCGGCGGCGGCUGCGGCCAAGAAGCAGGAGGAGGCCGCCCUGCAUUACUACUACUACUACAAGCCCGCCUUGGCCGCCAGCCACCGGGCGCGCGGCGAGCAGCCGACGCAGGGCGCCGCGGCCGCGGACUGCUCCGGCCGAGGCUACUUUUCCUCGUCCGAGGUGGAGUGCUCCCUCGGCCGCCUCCACCGCAUCCGCACGUCCGGCGGCGCGGCGCCGAGGCAGAAGCAGCAGCAGCAGCAGCAGCAGCAUCCCGCUCCGGAGAAGACGGCGAGGAUUAAGAAGCCGGCGGCCGCCACCACCCGCGGCUGCAGCAGGCCGGCAUCCCCCGGCGCGCGGCUCGCCAACCUGCUCAACUCCAUCUUCGCCGGAAAGCGUCAUUCGGCUCAGCGGACGGCCCCGGCGGACCAGGAGCCCGCGUGCUCCACAGCGCCGUCGUACGCGCGGUCCUGCCUGUCCAAGACGCCGCCGCCGUCUGCGGCGCGGGCGAGCCGGAGCCGGAGUACCCGGACCGUGAGGUUCCUGGACAUCGACGGUGAGCUGGCCGUGGCCGCCGCGGCAGUGGGACGCUGCCGCCGGAUUCCGGUGGUGGAGGUGGAGGAGGAGCUGCUCCGGCCGGCGGACGUGGAGGCGCGCAUCGACGGUGGCGAGAAGAGCAGCGACGCGAGCUCCGACCUGUUCGAGCUCGAGAAUCUCGCGGCCACGGCUUCGGAGAGCGGCCGGUGGGAUCGCGACGGGUCGUACGGUAAUGAGCUGCCGGUGUACGGGACCACCGGAGUUGGCCUCCACCGUGGCAUUGGCCACCCCCGCCCGUACGAGUAUGGACCGUAUGCUCUUGGUCCAAGUUGUAGAAAGGCUGUUUGAUUUCGAGUAAGUAGAGGGGGCUCACUGUUAAAUAGUCUAUAACUGUUUCUUAAUAUAGUUUUUGCUGCUAAUUUCCAGGAAUCUAUUUUGUGGGUGAUUUGUAGCUAAUUAGUCGCUACACUUUGCGCCUGUGUAGCUCCAUGUAGCCUAUAAUUGUUUCUUACUAGUUUUUAUGUUAAUUUUCGAGAUUAUUGUCUAGCUCAACGAUAAUUCAAUCCGGAACCUCAGCUCAGAUACAUCCGGUGAACAGUAAAAAUAGAUUUUUUUUUAUGGUGCAAGAAGCGCCUGUGCAUGAACUCCGUGCAAAUUUUGUGAAGUAUGGACAUUCGAGGAGCUCCUGGCAAAAAAGGCAAAAUCUGACGUGAAUAGUGCGAUUUUUAAAAGUUCCUCGGACACCCAAAAUUAAUUACCA